CCAAAACAGGUACCUAUUUUACAACAAACAUAAAUAAAGUAGGUUCAAAACACGAAUUACACAACUCAGAACUCUGUCCUCUGUUUCAAGAUCCUACGUACACCCAACAUGCUGCUUCUUCUUCUUCUCUUCUCUUCCACAUUCAUUCCUAGCUUAGGGAUCGCCAUUGAUGAUAAUCCCAAUUCAGGUCCUGGAAGAGCUGGGGCAUUGCCAAAAGGUGAUGUGGAUCUGCUGGAAUUUCCACUCAAUUUGGAGUACUUGGAAGCUGAGUUCUUCUUGUGGGGUGCUUUUGGGUAUGGCCUUGACAAAUUCGCCCCCAAUCUUUCCUCCGGCGGGCCGUCUCCCGUCGGCGUUACAUCGGCCAAAUUAAGCCCCCUUGUGAAAGAUAUUAUUGCUCAGUUUGGGUUUCAAGAAGUUGGACAUUUGAGAGCGAUAAAAGAAACGGUGCCCGGUUUUCCGAGACCGCUAUUGAACUUGAGCAAAGAAGCGUUCGCAACAAUUAUGGACAAAGCAUUGGGACACCCUUUGAAACCACCUUUUGAUCCGUACGCAAAUGACAUAAAUUAUCUGAUUGCAAGUUACCUCGUUCCGUACGUUGGACUCACCGGUUACGUAGGUGCAAAUCCUAAACUCCGUAGCCACACGGCCAAAAAGUUAGUGGCGGGGCUUCUGGGCGUGGAAUCGGGGCAAGAUGCGGUCCUAAGGACGUUACUAUACCAACGCAGGAAGGAACGAGUCGCACCGUACGGAAUAACGGUGGCGGAAUUCACGGAACACAUUUCGAGGUUGAGGAACAAGCUAGGCAAAGAAGGGCUGAAAGAUGAAGGUUUGGUAGUGAAACCAACCAUUGGUCCAGAAGGGAAGACUUCCGGCAACAUUCUCGCCGGAGAUAGCCACUCACGAGCCUACGACCGGUCGCCGGAGGAGAUAUUGAGAAUUGUUUAUGGGAGUGGGAAGGAAAACAAGCCGGGUGGUUUUUACCCCAAGGGAGCGCAUGGUAGAAUUGCUAAGUCUCAUCUUAAUGUUGUUUCACCAACUGAUUAAGUUAUUAGUUACAAAACUUGCUUUGUAAUUGUAGUAGUUACUUAAUUACAUUGAAAUAGAAACAGUACACCAAGGAACACAUUAUGGAAAAAGGAAUAAUAUUAAGCAAACAUCACUUUAUUUUUGUUAGUAUUAUUAUAAUGGAUGUUAAUUACUUAA